UUCUAUUCUGUUUUUGAACCGUAACACGACGAAGCAAGCAAUAUUUGUGUUUUUUAAUUCAUAAUUUUUUUAUUGCGAAUCUCAUCUGAAACAUGAAGAAAGUGAUUUUUAUUUGUUUACUGUCGAUUUCAACAUGUCUGAGCCGACCAGAUGGAGCACCAAAUGUUGCUCCUCCUGCUGCCCCCAACCCACAGAUACAAACACAGAGUUCACCAUCAUCACCACCACUAGUAGCAACACACAAAGAAAAUGCAAAAGUAUCUGAAAAUACUACAAAUGAAACAUCACCUGCAGUUACAGUUGGAACAGCACCAUCUACUCCCCCUGCAGUACCUACGUCUACUCCCCCUGCAGUGGCUAUGGCAAAUGCAACUGCCCCAAAAAACUCUACUGAUACAAACAAAACCACUGACAAAAAUGAGACUGUUUCACCAUCUAAUGUUGCCACCAAAAAUGAAACAUCAACUCAACCGUCAACUAAGCCCACUCCGGAAAAUAAAAGUGUUCCAAAUACAACAGAUCAUACUAUGAAAAAUGAAACUACUACCUUAAAACCUACAUCUAAACCAUCAGAAGUACCGAAAUCCACAGACACCCCACCUGUGCAGACACGACGAUUUGACGGUCCGAGCUUCAUUGGUGGUAUCAUCCUGACGUUGGGUCUCCUAGCUAUUGGAUUCAUGGGAUUCAAAUACUACAAAAACCAAACUGAAAGGAACUACCAUACUCUUUAAGCAUAUUUAAUAUGAUACUCCUAAUGUUUUUCUUAUGUAUCUAAGUGCAGUUCUAAUUUUGUUUUUUGUAUAAUUUUAGUUAGAGGCACUUCAUUUUUUAUUUAUGAAAAUUCAUACAGGGAUACUGCAUGUUAUCUUAGGAAAAAUGCCUUGAUCUUAUUUGGUGGCUGGAAAAGAACAUAGUUUUACUUAACAAUAUAUAAGAUUCUUUCAGCCUGCUAGUGCAAUUUAGCAUUUAUAUUUUUAUUUUAAGUGUAAACUUUCAUACAUAUUUCAUAUGUAAUAAACCAAUGGCUGCUUAAAGUAAUAUGAUUUAAGAAAUCAGGAAUAUGUGAUGUAAAUUUUUAUGAUAAAUUGUAUGAAUAUUUGUAGCCAAAAAGAUUAUCUACAAUAACAGAUAUUUUCAGAUUUAUAUAAGCAAAUAUAUGUGAAUUAGUAUAAAGUAUAUCAUUAUUAUAUCUUGUUGAACUUGUGCCAUUUACUGGACUCCACAUUUAAUACUGUUUCUUUUAAAUUUCUCCCACUAUUCUCUGCUAUGACUUGCACUGAAAUUCAAAGAUGUAUGUAGUUUUAAAAUUAUAUUUAAGUGUUAUUGUGUAAGGAAACGCAAUGUGAUGAUGGAAAUAAGGGUCUAAUGUAGAACCUGUUUUGAUUUGGCAUAAACAAAUUUAUUUCGAUCUCUGCAAUAGAUCUUGGUGAUUGUACAUGAAUCUCAAGAAGUUGUUAAUCUCAAUUUAUGUUAAAUUUUUACUUUUAUGCCAAGUCAAUUCUAUAUAUUUUUGUUUUUAUUUUUAAUACAUUUAUCUGUAAACUGGGGAAAGAUGAUUCCAUCCUAAAGUGCUCUUAUAACUGAACUAUUUAUGGAUAGAUUAAACAAAGAGAUUUGCAUAAGUUUCCUGUUUAUAAAAAAUUAUAACAUUCACAUUCAUGUCAGUCACUGGUUAUGUUUAAUAAAGUUAAGUAUGAG